AUGGAGUUUUGGGGUAUUGAGAUUAAGCCAGGGAGUCCACUCAAGGUCGAACCAGAAGAUGGGUAUAUGAUCCAUGUCUCUCAGGUUUCCCUUGGCGAGUCGAAUGAGGUGAAGAAUGAGACUGUUCAUGUCUAUGUCAAGGUCUCGCGCCCUAACUUUCAACACAAGAAAUACACCUGCACACACUGA